CCGCUGAGACAGCAGGCUCGAUUUGGUGGUGUGUUUAUGUAACUUCGUAGCGACAUUUUAUCCACUUUCUUUCUGUCUCCGUACUAUUUUUUGCUCAUUUUGCGACCACUUGUUCAAAAUGUCGAGAAAAAAUUAGAAAUAGCCGUCACCGGAAAUGCUGAAUCGCAUCGAUUGGAAAUGUUUGAGAUUGUAUGGACCGUGCGAAGGUGAAUGAAAGAGGUCUUGUCAAAAUAUGCCGCCUUAGAUCGUUUACGCUUACUCACAAAGUGUGGCUUCGACAAUAAUUCUGCAUCAGAAUGGAUUUUGAAGAUGGAAAGAACAAUAACCACAUCAAUACAAAGACUGCCCCAGAACUCUUCGAUGAGUUCAUACAAGCGGGCGAUCUUAUGGAAACAAUCUCCGUAUUCAGACAACUCUGCGAGAGUUUAGACAUCAACCCUAAAAAUUACAAGACAGUUUAUAGUUCAAUCAAGAAUGGCUUGACAACAUGGAAAGCUAGAUCAUUAUGGGCAAAAUUAGACAAGAGAGCGGAACAAAAUGAAUAUAAAAAUAAGCCUUGUGCGAAGAAUAAAGUAUUGGUUAUUGGUUCGGGGCCGUGUGGACUUAGAAGUGCACUCGAAGCAGCUCUUCUCGGUGCACAAGUUAUGGUGAUAGAAAAGCGUGACCGGUUUUCUAGAAAUAACGUACUUCAUCUAUGGCCUUUUCUAAUCACGGAUUUGAAGAAUCUGGGUGCUAAGAAAUUCUAUGGACAAUUCUGUGCCGGUUCACUCGAUCAUAUUAGUAUCAAGAGACUCCAGCUAAUCCUUCUGAAGGUUUCCCUGCUGUUUGGUGUCCAAGUACACCCCAAAUGUGGAUUCCUGAAACUAUUAGAACCUAAAGAGGGUCAAGGGUGGCGAGCUUCCUAUGAGCCCUCGUCACACCCUCUCCACAAGUAUGAGUUUGAUAUGAUAGUCGGCGCAGAUGGAAGACGCCAGGCUCUCAAAUUCAAAGGCAAAGAAUUCCGUGGCAAACUUGCAAUUGGCAUCACAGUCAACUUUGUAAAUAGGAAUACAAAGGAGGAAGCUCGUGUGGAGGAGAUAAGUGGAGUAGCGUUUAUAUUUAAUCAGGGGUUUUUCCAGGACUUAAAGGACACCACCGGCAUUGAACUGGAGAAUAUUGUGUACUAUAAAGAUGAGACGCAUUACUUUGUCAUGUGUGCAAAGAAGCAGAGUCUACUGAACAAGGGAGUGAUCAAGAAGGACUUUGCUGAUGCAUAUGAGCUCCUAAACUCAAAGAAUGUGAACCAUGACCGUCUCCUAGCAUAUGCACGCGAGGCUGCAGACUUCUCCACCAAGCACCAGCUGCCCCACCUGGACUUUGCACUUAACCACCAGCACAAGGAGGACGUGGCUAUGUUUGACUUCACCUCUCUCUAUGCUGCUGAGUACUCCAUCAAGGUUUAUGAAAGAAAGGGCUAUAAGCUGCUGGCCACUAUUGUUGGUGAUAGCUUGCUUGAGCCAUUCUGGCCGACAGGAUCCGGGUGUGCCCGUGGAUUUCUUGGAUGUUUUGACGCUGCAUGGGCCCAGAGGAGCUUUGGUCUUGGUAAACAACCCAUGGACAUUAUUGUUGAACGAGAGAGCACAUUCCGACUGCUCGCACAGACAACCCCAGAAAACCUCAACAAGAAUUUCGAUGGAUAUAGCAUCAACCCUGACAGCCGAUAUCCGAACUUCAACAAGAGCUCAGCUCGUGGUAGUGCCUUGCACCAUCUCUAUGACCGGCUAGAAGGCCCACUGGACCGGACAGAUGGACCGGACAUGGACAUGGACACGUCCAAAACCUCUGAGUCAGUUGACUUGGGAGUCAACGUUGAUAUGCUGUUGAAGUGGUGUCAAAAACAGACGAAGUCCUACAAACACGUGGAUAUUAAUGAUAUGUCUUCCUCGUGGAAGGACGGACUGGCAUUUUGUGCUAUUAUACAUCGCUUUAGGCCAGAUCUUUUAAAUUUUGACUCCUUGAAACCCGGAGAUACGGAAACGAACUGUAAACUGGCCUUCGAGACGGCAGAAGAGCAGCUUGGUAUCCCUCCCCAGAUCUCCGCCAGUGAGAUGGUGACUUCUGGUAACCCAGACCCGCUGAUGAUCAUGAGCUACAUAUCACAGUACUACGAGUCAUUCAAGAACGAGACUCCCGCCGCGAAACAGGACGCUUCUAUUGACAACUCGCAGCUCAGCUACAAGACCAAGUCUCCGCUUUCUAAACUAUCUAUCUUGUCAAGACUUUCACGAAAGAAGGAAAAGCGAAAGAGCGGCUCUUCAGGCACGGAGCCUGUGACUGCAAAGAAAAGCAAGCAUGCCAAGGAGAAUGAGGCACCACGCUCGCCUACGUCUCCGACCACGCCCAAGGAGGCUAGCACUCCACCGGCACAACCGAACGUUCAACUUCGCCGUCAGUCAAGCGAUGAUAAGGCGCCCAUGUCAGUGAAGGCAGUUAAGGCCAGUAAUAGAAUCAGUCUACUGGCCGAGCAAGUGUUCGGAGAAAACGCCACUAAGAUCAAGGUCCCCGCCGGCGCCCCCGAUUCAAGUGAGCAUUGUUUCUUCUGCAACCGCUGGAUCUACUUGAUGGAGCGCCUUUCCGCGGAGGGACACUUUUUCCAUAGGGAGUGCUUUAAGUGCGAGGUUUGCCUGAACACCUUGAGAUUAGGGGCCUAUUCGUAUGUCCCUCCUUGGGAAGCUGAGGACGAGAGAGCGCAUUUCUACUGCAGACCUCAUUAUAAUAAGAUGCUGUACAGACCAAAGGACGUCUUCAAGACAAGACGGGAAGAAGAAGAGAGCCGUACCCAAAAGCGUCACCGCAAAACCCAUUCAGCCGUUUCAUUUCCUAAAGAUACUGUGGACGCAAUUUGCGAAGCCGCUGACCGAAAGCAGUUACGGGCAAAGGAGGAACCACAAAUAAAGCGUAAACUGGAAGUCGAAGACGGUCCAGAUGAUCAGAGUCCAAAGGAGUCGGUGGAGAUGGAAGUAAAUGAAAAUCCUGAUGAGAAGUUCAAUAGAACGAGGACUAACUCUGGCCGAUUCAAACGGCUCGAGGCGCGUCCGCUUCGCCGCUCGAGUAUCGCAUCCGUCCGGAAGUCAGACAAAACUGUCCGGGACAAGGCCAUGGGUUAUGAAUUGGACGACGGGCUUACCCCACUCAAGGAAGAUGUCCGACUUUCUCCGAUCAAGACAGCCUGCACACCUGACGACAAGGAAGAGGUUCGGCCCCCGACUCCCUCACCGGCCUCUAAAUCUGAAGGAAGACCUACAUUCGCUGUGGACAUCACAACAGAGCGCAGAAGAACCCUAGAGAGAGCGCACUCUGCGGAUGAGCCAAUAAGGAGAACCAGCCCAACUGUUGAGAAAAAGACGGAAUCCAAAGGUCGUAAGAUGCUGGACAAGUUCCACAAGCUCGGGACCCUAGAGCGCAAACGUCGCACUCGGCGGGCCAUGUACCCCCCCUUAUCACAAGUAUUUUCCCCCGAAGACGAAGGGAAGUCUAUCACAGAUCCAGGGGGCGAUGUCUUGCCUCUGGAAACCAGUCUCCGUGACGCGGGUAUCACCCCAAGAAGAGUUGCUAUUAAUAUUGACGAUGACUUUACUACCCCUGAUAAGGGCGUGGCUGCUGCUGAUCGCAGUAAGGACAAGAAAGGCCCUUCGAAGGUCCCUUCCAAGGAUACAAGACGGCGCCCUACAAGCUCAGGUAAAAUAGCUCCACCGCCAAGACAAACCAGCCCCACAAAACAAGCCACUAAGAAAACCACCCCCACACGACCACCACCUACACAAACAACCAAGGGUAACAGACUAAUAUCGCCCACGAAGGAACUGCUAACAAACAAGCAACAAAACAAGGCUAAUCCUGCCGUUGUUAAAGAACUUUCUAGACCCCCUAGUAGCAUCCGGGCAAAACAAGGUGAGAGAGUGGUUAGCCCUAAAGAGGAGAAGGAACCCGUUAAACCGGAAAGACUGGCUGGACCGUCGCUCAACAAGCGUUCCUCGACAGGAACACUUGUCGCCAGCCGUGCAGCUCGUAUUCGUGGCUUGAUGGAUAACGACUUACGCCCUGCGCAUAACCGUACCAGUAGUACAGGCAGCGAGGAAGGAAGCCCACCAGAAAGAAAGAGGACUCUUCCGCGCGUGCCAUCGGGAGAGAAGCCUUUCACUCCGACAAAGGAGAGCACAAGAAUCGAUACGAAGCAACUAGGGACAACCUUCGUGUUGGUUAACCGAAGAGACUUACCUACUGGUCCACCCCCGCCCAAGCCCCCACGCACCUUACCACAGGGAGUCCCUCCACCUGUAUCACCGCCAGAGGAAGAUGGGUUCACGGGAUCGAGCGAAGAGGAUACACUAGACUGGAGUUACGGAGCCGAGCUAAGAAGGGCCGGAGCAAGACGAUACAAGGAUGGCAAAGAUAAGUCUGAAUUCCGAGAGGAAAGAGCGAAGCAGGCAGAGCAGGCUAAGAUCCGCGCCGCGAUGAAACAGAGAGAAUCUAAGAGGCUUCGCCAAGCUCAGCAGAUCCAACGAGAGCUACAAGAGUUAGAGGUGAAGCAAGCGGAAGUGGAGAAAGAUGGCGUCGUUAUCGAGAAGGCCAUCAGAAGCGGAGAAUUAUCAAAAUCAGAAGAACAGAAAAUGAUGAUGGAAUGGUUUAAAAUCAUCAAUCGCAAGAAUGCCAUGAUUCGAUACGAGUCUGAGCUCGUCAUACACGCUAACUACAUUCAGCUGGAGGAUCAACAAGGCAGACUGGAGCAGGAGAUUCGUGAGCUUCUGAUGAAAGAAGCCUCCACGGAACAAGAUCAAAUCGAUAUACAGCUUAAGACAAAAGAGCUCGUGGAUAUUGUUGGACAACGAAAUAAUCUUGUCGAACUACUAGAUGAGGAUCGCAAAAGGGAGCAAGAGGAGGAUAAAGCUUUUGAGAGCAUGUUGGCGGCCAAGGAUAAAGUAAAGAUGCGACGCACGUUCCACGCGAGGCCUGCCUCGUUCCAUGCGGGACAGUGUAAGUCCCUUGCGAGUCUCGCGAGGCCAAACUAUCGACACUCGUGUAACAUAAGUUUUAUCACGUCCGUUUGAUGAGAGCAAAACAGCAAAAUCACGUGAUUGCUGCCUCGUGUCACGUUAUCAUCACUCACGUGAUCAUCAUACAAUAUUACGUGAUUAGAUUCCAUUUCGUUAUUGGUUGAACGUGAUAUAUAUUUUGCUAAAAAGCCUAUCGUAUCGUAUACGUCAGUCAAAAGUCACGUAAUUUGACAAACAUCGUGGUGGCCAUUAUCACGUGAUCACUUAUUUGGUGGUAAGUUCACGUGGCUUUUAUGGGCACGACGACUGCAUCAGGCCUAGAAUUUUAAAUUAACAAAUUACAAAAUACGCUUCAAAAGCACUCGCCUUAUUAAAACCAAAAUAUAAAAAAGCAACGUAUAUAACCAUCUUGAGUUAUAGAUAUAAGGGGGGGGGGGGGGGGUGUGAAUAGGUUCGCAGAUGGCGGAUUCGGCCCCGAAAUGCUCACGGAUUACGGAUUUUGAUUAUGAUUUCUGCGGAUUGCGGAUUUGGGAAGUACGGUAGAUCACAGAUCUCUUCACAAUUCGGGCGCGGAUUUCGGCUUCGAUGGUCGAAUUUCGGAUUUUAAAUAAAUUUCAAUCCAUGCUAGUGUUUAUCUGUCAAACCAUGCGGAUCUAAGAAAAAAUAUGCGGAUCCACGGAUUUGCUCCAAAAAUGUAGCGGAUCCGCGGAUUUACAUACCCCUUCCCCCCCCCCCCCCCCCCCCCCCAUAUAAAUGUCUAAUAUUAUAGAGUAUAUAAUUAUAAUUAAAAUUAUUGUAAAUUGAUUGAGAGAAAUUUAUUAUGAUUAGCAUGAUAAAAGCACUGCACUAGAAUUUUAGAAUUAAGUCAAAAAAAUUAGUGCUGUUAGAAAACCUACAACUAAACAUAAGGUAUCUGUGUAAUGAACACCUUUUUACCAACGUAUUUCUACAGUUCUUAAAGAUUGCAAUUUGUAAAAGAACAAUACGAGAGAGAAAUAAUAACAUAAAGGAUCAAGCAAGUUCCAGUCACCUUUGUGAUUAGGCUUAAUGUCGUCAUAAAAAAAAAAAUAAAGAAAAUUACACAAGA